AUGUUCGGCAAGAAGGAGCCGCCAACAUCCUCGGAUGUUGAAGCCCCGCCUUCUUCCACCCCACACGCACAGACCGUUCCUGGCCCUGCCACGUCUCCCCCAAGGCUAUCAGCACACCUCUGGAAUCAAGCAUACGACCAAGGGAAACAAAGUGAUCCGAACACUGUUGAUACUUACGAAAAGAUCUUGACCGUCCAGCUGAGCGAAGAAGAUGCAACCGCUUCAACCACCCCAAACUCGACAAACCUUGCGUCGCAGCAGAACCAGAUUGCACAAGACGCAGGGGAACGGUGGAUGCAAAUGCAGCGGCUUGUUCAGAAUGGGCUUCGUAGAACAGAGAAAGAUGCGAAGGUGAAACAGGGUAUGGAAGACGGCAUACAGGCUGCCAUGGCGGUGAAAGAGGUGGCGGACAAAGCGAUCCAGGCGUCCCCCGAAGCGGCUAUCGCCUGGAUUUUGAUGAACCCACUCACCCAGGCGAGCUCCAACCGGCGAGGCAUCGCCUACGUUGUAUCGAGGAUGGAAUGGUACUGGAAUCUUGCGGAGCUGUUGUUGGAGGAGAACAUGACUGACGGACAUUCGCCCGGCCUGCGCGGUGAUCUCGAGAAGGGCGUCACCCAGCUUUAUGCAAAGCUGCUACUGUACCAGAUGAAGAGCGUGUGCUACUACCACCGUGGACGGGUUUCGGUGUUCGCACGAGACCUUAUUAAGCUGGAUGACUGGGAUGGCGAGCUGGGCGACAUACAAGCAGCUGAGGCGGCGGUGCAGACCGACUCGACGCAGAUACAUGAGACAAGCGCUGACAACAAGUGUCUGGCGGACCUGCGCCUUACUGACCCCCGCGACGAUAAGAAGCGUAUCGAGGAGACCAAAGGUGGACUGCUGAAGAACUCGUACCGCUGGGUUCUCGACAACCUGGACUUCCGACAGUGGCGAGAUGAGCCGCAGAGCCAACUAUUGUGGGUCAAAGCCGACCCCGGCAAGGGCAAGACAAUGCUACUAUGUGGGAUCAUCGAUGAACUACAGAGUUCGAUGGGCGCAACAGGCCUUCUGUCGUACUUCUUCUGCCAGGCAACCGACUCGCGCAUUAGAAGUGCCGUAGCCGUGCUAAGAGGACUGCUGUAUAUGCUUAUUAGUGAACAGCCAUCGCUUAUUUCGCACGUUCGCAAAAAGUACGAUCAAGCAGGUGAAGCUCUGUUUGAGGAUGCGAAUGCCAUCCUGCAGGAUCCUAGUUUGAAGUGCAUGUACUUAAUCGUGGACGCGCUCGAUGAAUGCAUAACAGACUUGCCGAAACUAGUAGACUUUAUCGCUGAAAGGUCGUCUACGUCCUCCCACGUCAAAUGGCUCGUCUCGAGCCGCAACUGGCAGAACAUUGAGGGGGGGCUGGGCAAGGUAGGACGCAAAGUAAGGCUGAGCCUCGAACUCAACGCACAGUCUGUCUCUUACGCCGUCAGCGCGUUCAUACAACACAAAGUGUUCAAACUAGCGGAGUCGAAGACAUACGACGCCAAAACACGAGAUGCCGUGUUCGAUCAUCUAUCUUCUAAUGCCAAUGAUACUUUCCUUUGGGUAGCGUUGGUAUGCCAAUCCCUUGAGGGAGUCCCGAAGCGGAACGUCAUAAAGAAGCUGAUUGCCUUUCCGCCUGGCCUGGUCUCACUAUACGAACGAAUGAUACAGCAGAUAAGCAACUUAGACGAUGCUAGUCUUUGCAAGCAGAUACUAUCUUUAGCUGCAGUUGCAUAUCAGCCACUUACACUAGACGAGCUGUCCACUCUUGUCGAAGAGUUCGAAGAUGAGGCCGACGACAUUAAGUCAAAGCAGGAGAUUAUCGGUCUCUGCGGCUCUAUUAAAGCUGCCCACUAUGCUGUACUUUCUAGAUCCUUCAAAGCUAUGUCUGCAUUACAUCAUGACAUGUAUAGCUUAGGUGAGCUAAGAUAUUCUGCUGCGCAGAUAGAUCACCUCUGCAACUUAAACUCUAGUGCUCCUACAGAUACCUUAGCUGACCUGCAGAAUAGAGGUGCUGUUCACGAGUUCUUGAGGAAGAAAUAUCUCUACUGGCUUGAGGCUCUUAGCCUAUAUAAAAAUAUGUCGAAAGGCAUAGUCUCCAUAGGCAAACUGUUAGGAUUGCAAGGAAUAGAAAACUCCCCUCUUCAAGCAUACAGGUCUGCGCUCCUCUUUAGUCCAACAGGCAGCUUGAUCAGAAAGCUUUUUCAAGACAACAAAUCUAAGCUUAUCAAAAUCAACCCGGGCAUGACGGUCAGCUGGAGUGCGUGCCUCCAGACGCUCGAAGGCCAUAGCGAUUCGGUCUCUUCAGUAGCCUUCUCUCACGAUUCGACGCAGCUAGCGUCAGCGUCGGGCGACAAGACAGUCAAGAUUUGGAAUGCUAGCAGCGGCGCGUGCCUGCAGACGCUCGAAGGCCAUAGCAAUUUGGUCUCCUUAGUAGCCUUCUCUCACGAUUCGACGCAGCUAGCGUCGGCGUCGUAUGAUAAGACGGUCAAGAUCUGGAAUGUUAACAGCAGCGCUAACAUUGGUACCAUUGCCCUGAGUUCGUUAGAAACCCCAAAUACUACAUCCACGGUCGCAACACCUCAGUCACCUCGAUAUAAGUAUACGGCACUCAGUUCGGAUAACAUAUGGAUAACAUUUAACUCGAAGAACUUACUGUGGCUUCCGCAAGAGUAUCGUCCUUCUUCCUCCGCUGUGUUAGGUAAUACGCUUGGUAUUGGUGUAGGAUCUGGAAAGGUAUAG